AUGCAGAUCGCCGUCAUCGCUUGCUUGGCUGUUGUGGCCAUAGCUGAUCAGUCCCCACACCCUCCUCCACCUGCCCCCUACCACCCUCCACCACCUGCCUACCACAGUGAACCUCAUUACCCUGAUGCAAGUUCCUCCGAAAUACACCUACAACUACGGCAUCUCCGGCAGAUCGUCAAGUACGAGGACAACGGCGACGGUCUUGUAGCUCAGGUCACCUACGAGGGUGAGGCUCAGUACCCCGAGCACACGCCCACCUACAGGCCCGCUCCCCCCGCCUACGCCCCUCCUCCUCCUGCACGCUAUGAAUAA